GUGCGUCGCGACGUGACGACGUCGACGCGUGCGUGGCGGAGGGCCUUCCCCCUUCUUCCACUCACCCGUUCUCUCUCUCUCUCGCGCUCUCUCUCUCCUCUUUUCCCCCCUCCCUCCCUUCCUUCUUUCCCUCACACACACACACACGCGGGCGCGCGCGCGCGGCCUCCUCCUCCCGGCCUUUCUCCCCGCAACCUACCCGGGCGGCUUCAUCGUCGUCGUCUUCGUCGCCCUUCCCUCCUCCUCCCAGCCGGCCGCCAUGGCGAACGUAGCCGACACGAAACUGUAUGACAUCCUCGGAGUGCCGCCGGGGGCCUCGGACAACGAGCUCAAGAAGGUCUGCCUGGCGGGGGGGGAGCCGGGGGGGCGGCAGCGGUGAGAGGGAGGCCCAGGCGGGAGGGAGGCCGGCUUGUGACCGGGGUCAUUGGAGACGCCCGGGGUUGGAGCAGGCCUCGCCUGGCUAGGCCUGGCCGGGGGUCGGGCGGUGGGGGGAGGCGGCGGCGGCGGCGGCCUGGAUGGGGCCUUCGGGGCCGGUUGCGGGGAGGGGGAGGCGGCAGGAGCUCAGGGUCAGGCCCAGGCUUGUUGGGUAGCGUUGGGUGGCCGUGUUUGUAUGUGGUGGAGGAGGAGGAGGAGGAAGGGAAGGCCGCUUGUGGGGGGGAGGAGGUGGGAGUGAGCUCUCGGUGUGUGCUGGCCCUGGAAGGUGGCCCUCCUGCCAGGAGGAGGGGGAGGGAAGAUUAUACAUAUAUAAUUUGCUUAUAUAAUUAUACAUAUAUAAUUUGCUUAUGGCGCUUGUAUCCAACCUAUGCACACACACAAACACACACCUCCGCGCUCACCAUGCCGGUUAGUGGUGGGUGUUGUGUGGAGGAGGAAGGGCCACCGGUUGAGGCAGGAGCCGGUGUUUGUUGUGUUGUGGUGUUGGCUCUGGAAGGUAAGUAGGCCCUGAAGGAGAAGGUGGGUGCUGCGUGGUGUUGGAUUGAUUGGGUUUAUAUCCUAGAGUCACUUCUCUUUCCACACCAUUGAAAUAUACAUUUGGGUGGGGGUUGCUUAUGCAUCCCCCCCUGCCAUCUUACUUGGACAAAUUUGUGGAGGAAAGAGCCGAUGGUGUCUGCUAGCCACAAUGGCAAAGUGGGUGCUUUUGAAUACCAGUUGUUGGACGGGGGACGGAGUGCUCUUGUGCUUGGGUCCUUCUUGAGGGUUUCUCAUAAUAGGCAUUUGGUUGGGCACUAUGAGAACAGGAUUCUGGACUACAUGGGUCAGACAGAGACAAGCUUUCUUUUUUCCUUCUCUUCCCCCUCCCGUCUUUAGUGUUGUUAUCUAACCCAUAAUACUUUACUAGAUAGAAAGGUAUGUUCAGAAGCAACAAUAACCCAUCCCAGCUUCCCAGUAGUUUGUACCUUGGGGAUUGUUUUCAGAGUGGCAGUGAGGGAAAGCUGGAUGCUGCCCCCUCCCCAUUUUCUUUCCUGUGUACCGCUCCCCUAGAUGAGAGUUAAGACUUGCUUCAUGAUCACAAGGAGGGGAGGGAUAUUUUCUUGUUAAUUCCACUCUUUAACCUCUCCACCCUUUGCAGACUUUAUUAUUUAAUUUGUUGCCUGACCUUCAGUGGAUUUCAGCAUUAAAACCUAACAUUCUAUCCAGACCCACAGCACCCAUAGAUUUUAUAUGGCUGGUGAGUUAUUUUUACGGUGGCAAGAAGAAAGACCUGGGGAUUAGGUCCCCCAUUUUUAAAAAUUCUGUGUGCCUUGCUUCAUGGUGGCAAGGGUGAGCCAGAGGCUGGCCUUCCUUUUCUCUCCCCAUUUUCUCUUUGCCGCCUUCUUGUACCCCCCAUAAAAAACCCUUUUGUGCCUUGAAAGUUAAACUUAGGGUAGCAGUAAGGGAAAACAGAGACUAUCUCACCAAUAUUCUUAUUUCCUCCCCACAGUUGAGGCUUGCUGCAUGGUAUCAAGAGCCUACUUGUCUUCCCUCUCCUCACAAGUUUGUGCCUUUCUGGAUUGGCCAUGUGAGAACAUGGAUGACCUAUCAGUUUCCAGUCUCACCAUUUUUUAUUCCCCUUGUCACUCCAUCUCCUGUAACCUUGAGGAGUUUCUUAUGAUGGUGAGGGAAAUCUGGAGGUUAGCUCUUUGCCCUUUUAUUUUCUACUCUUCUGUCCAUUACCAACCCCCAACCCAGGCAUGGCCAAACUUGGCCCUCCAUCUGUUUUGGGACUACAACUCCCAUCAUCCCUAGCUAACAGUACCAGUGGUCAGGGAUGAAUUGUAGUCCCAAAACAGCUGGAGGGCCAAGUUUGGCCAUGCCUGCCCCAAUCCCAUGCCUCCUGGGAAUUGGUUUUACCUGAAGAUCAUUUCUCCACUUCAUUCUUGGGGAGGGUAAUAAGAAUGGUAUCCCAACCUAUAUUCUCUUUAUUUCUACUUCCACGUAUGCUGAAUCUCAUUUGGGCACAUUCUGUUUCUGUCUACAAAAGCACAGGCUUCAUUCUUGGCCUUCAUUCCUCCGUAGGUGAUCCCUUCUCAUCUUGGCUGUUCAAAAAGGGGAGUGGGGGUGGAAAGGUCAAAAGUCCCUAGGUAACAUAACCCCUUCAUGUUAAGCCUUUCAAGAUUAAUUGCCCUUAACUUGUUUUUGUUAGGCACAACCCACUUCUUUUCCUCAUCUAGUCUUUGAGAACCCCAUCCCACAUCAGAGCCUUCAGCUGGUUAAUAACCAUGUCCUGCCUGUUUGUGACGGAAGGGUGGUGCUACUGGGGAAUAGAUCCUCUUCAUCUGGGCGUGUAAUAGCAUAAUUUGUUUGGGCUGGGUAUUCGUAGUUAUGGAAGCAGGUAUUUUGGAGGAAGCAUAAGCGAUAAGAGGGUUCUGAGGUUAACAGGAAAUAAGUUCCUUCAUGUAGAUUCAGAAAAAUCCUAUUUAUAUUCUGUGAACACGUUCCUCCUUUAAAGUGGUGUUUGGUCACUACAAUGAUAGGUGAUUGCUUACUAAGGGCUGCUGAGAUUUAGCAAUGUCUUAUCCCUUUAAAAUGAAAGUUUAGGUGAGUAGCAAAAUUAACUAUGCCCUGAUAUUCCUUUUGACUAUGUCCCUUUAAAAAUAGAACAUAUCCAGGAAAACUUCAUGGAAGUUACAUUGAUAGGUGAUUUUUGUUUUUGAACCACUUGCAUGAUCUAAACUUUUCAAAAAAUAGAAUGUCAAAUUAGGGUGUAAUUUUGAAUAACUGUUGCCGUUUUAAUAUUUCAGAAAUAGAUGCUUUCUAAGUGAGAGGCAAACAUUUAACUGGACUUGCUAGCAGGAUUGUGUUGCACUUGCAUAUAUUUUGGAGAAAUAUAUUCCAGAGGCUAGAGAGCCUUCCUUUCACAAAUGCACAUAUUGCUUAUCACAGCAAGCAGUUUUUGAGCCCUGGGACUAUCAAAGGCAGCUAACAGUGUGGCAUGGGAAGGCUUCUGUGUGGGAAUCAAAAUUCCCACUGCUUAUUUGUAAGCUUUGGUACAUACAGAAUGAUGGUCUCAGAAUUGCAAUCAUUGGAUAUAACAGAUGGCUGAAGACGCCAUUUGACUUUUUAAAGGUUAUUCUUUAAUUGGUAGAUUAGGACCUGGAAGUGGGUUGCGUUCCAGCCUAUGUUGGUUUGCACUAGUACUACCAUAAUUUUGCUUUUUUUUCCUUUUGGAAGGAGAAAAUUAAAACAGUAAAGGUUAAAAAUUCAGGAUGACUUGAAGUAGAGGGCAGAGCUACAUUACUUUUAAUUAAUGUAUAAGAAAAUUCUCAUGUAACAGCUUGCACAUGUAAAAUUUCCGUCCAUCUUUGGUCACUAGAGAGAAGAGAUUCAUUCAGUGAAACAAUUGCUAGUUUGUGCCUGCUUUGGGUUAAAGAUAGGUCCUAGGUCUUAAAAUAUGAAGUUGUGUCCUGAUGAGCAACAUUGUAAAUCUUAAUGCUACUUCAUUGCAUAGUCUAACAAAAUACAGUGGUACCUCGGGUUAUAUACGCUUCAGGUUACAGACUCCGCUAACCCAGAAAUAGUACCUCAGGUUAAGAACUUUGCUUCAGGAUAAGAACAGAAAUUGUGCUCUCGCGGUGCGGCAGCAGCAGGAGGCCCCAUUAGCUAAAGUGGUGCUUCAGAUUAAGAACAGUUUCAGGUUAAGAAUGGACCUCCGGAACGAAUUAAGUACUUAACCCAAGGUACCACUGUAUGUAGAGGAAAGCGUAGUUGUGUCCAGGAAUCGGGAUACUGUAAAAAAUAGAGAGAUGGUCCAUUCAAAUAAGUACCAAUGGUGAUGUCAUUAAUGGAAACAGUUCAGGAUGGCUGAUAUUUCUGACAAUGUUUGUAAUCCUAGUAGCAUCUCAACUUCAAUAGUUUGGCACACGGUAUUAACUCAGAGCAGUCACUGAAAAUACUUUUCAGUCUUGGUCAUGUUACAGAAUUACUUCUUAGCAACUAUGGCUUUUCUCACUGAAAGUUGAUCAGUCACACAGAUUUUUAGUGAAGCUUCAAUAUAACCAACUCCAAAUUGUUCUCAUUGUUUAUUUUUGGAGAUUCUUGCUGACUUUGAGGAAAUAGUAAUGUGUCUUGUUGAGAAUUAACUUUUUAUUUGUGAGCCCUAUUUCCAUUCGUGCAUAUGGACUUUGAGCACAUAUCAAACCUUUAGUGGUGAUCUUCUUAAGGGGAUGGUUGCAAGAUUAAACACAAACAGUUAUAAAGCACAUAUUAAAGGCACUAGGUCAUAUUUACUUGUAGAAGUAGUGGUUGCUGUUAAUGUAAACAGGGAGAGUAUGAAUAAUGAAUUGGUUGAGAAUUCACACCAUUUUAUUAAGGGCAGAUUUUUUUAUGGCAGCAGCAAAUAUGAAUAGGAUUUGUGUGCAUGGAAGAGAUUGAGAAACUCAAGGAUAUUCAAAAGAGCAAGCAUAAUUUUAAUUUUCUAAGCUGCCACGAAUAAUGUGGUUAACAGCUACCAGGCAGUCUUUUAUUGCACUUCAGUGGUGCUAUAGUAUGAUACAUGAACCCCUAUGGAAAUACUGUAGACAGCUAUAAAGUUUUCCCUCAGGAGGAUGUAUCUGAGAUGUGUUGGGCUUUGAUAAGGUUAUUAUACAUCUGCACUGUUCUGAAGCCUCUUCAGAUUACUGUAGCUAUUCCUGUUCAGACUGCUAAAGUUUGGCCGUGCUCGAAUAAUUGCUGUUGAAUUGGGUUCAAUCUUUGAUAACCUAAUGCUGUUUAAUCUAGUUUCAUUUCAAUGGGGGCUCAUAUGCAAGCUUGUUCUUGUAAUGGAUUUUAAAAAAAUAAAAAAUAGGUUUUUCAAGCACUAGUUGACUUCAGGGGCUUUUUUGGGAGUGGGGAAGGACAAGCUGAACUCAAAAUCUGUAUUCAUUUCCCCACUAACUAGUUAUGUUGGUUCCUUUUGCCAUUUAGGCAUACCGGAAGCUUGCCAAGGAGUACCACCCUGAUAAGAAUCCAAAUGCAGGUGACAAGGUAAGACUUCUCCUGCAAAUUGUUGCAUUUUAAGAUGAACAAGACACAAUGCUGGCCAAAAUAGCUUGUGAACACGUAGUCUGAGAAGAACUGAAAAGAGGAAAAUGUGUGGAAAAUGGUGAAAAUGUGCCAUCGGUGAGGUGUAGGUAGUACUCAGCUUUAACUGGAUGAAAUGUUGGUUUAAAUCCAUACUCUGUGGUGAAGCUUACUUAACAGCCCAAGUUCUAUCUCAGAGCUGUUGUGAGAAUAAAAUGGAACAAUAUUCAUGUGCAUUAAACUAGUCUCUUUGGAGUAGCAGUGGGAUGUGAAUGUUAUAAGAUAAUCAAAGCUGCCUUCUUGCCAUUAGCUGUGCUUUGACACAUGACUGCAGAGAGCAGUUUGUUCAAAUCAAUGUGAGUAAUGGAGAAAGUUCAUGAAUGACACAGAUGUGACAUGCUUGUGUAGUGAAUCACUGAGAUGCCUGAGAGCAAAGCACAGAAGGAUGGAUCAGCUGUGCAGAGCAGGAUAUACCUAGUCCUCCUCAGAAGCAAAGGAGAGGCCUGUUCUUUGAAGAUAGAUCAGUAAAGGAAUGCAGGAGAGUUGGAUGCCCAGAGUUGGCUCACCUGCCUGUUGCCAGAGUCCAGACUGGGCUGGCAUUUUGCAUAUAUCUGCUUAUACAACAGUAAUUGUAAUGUAGUAGAAGCGUAUCUGCCGAAACACUUUCCUUUCCUAUUGUACAUAUAUUGCCAAACAUGCAAAUAAUAGGCAUUUCAUUUACGUUUACCUCCUUAGUUCAAAGAAAUAAGCUUUGCCUAUGAAGUUCUCUCAAAUCCCGAGAAACGCGAAUUGUAUGACCGGUAUGGAGAACAAGGCCUCCGAGAAGGUAGUGGUGGAGGUGGAGGAAUGGACGAUAUUUUCUCCCACAUAUUUGGUGGGGGACUGUUCAGUUUCAUGGGUAGUCAGAGUAGAAGUCGCAACGGAAGAAGAAGAGGUGAAGAUAUGAUGCAUCCACUCAAGUAAGUACCUGGCUUAUUGUCUCUGGGGGAAGUUCCUGUCUCGAAUGCAUAAUUGCUCUAUUGGUGGGCUGACGUUCUCAUGACAAACUGAAGGACUUUCAAGUACACAUGAUUUAAAAUUAUCUGAAGCUACCUGAUACCAAAAUAGCCUUGGCGAUCCAGCAUUUAUUUGUUGUUUUUUUAAAGUCUACCCUGCCUUAUUUUCCAAGGAAACUUAAGACAACUAAAUAAUAAUACAGUAUUGUACACACAACAUUCCAUACCAAACCCAACAAAACAAAUCCAGUUAUUAAAAUAUACACAACUUAAGCCAGCACAACAUUUAAAAGCUGUCUUUAAAAGCCAUGUUGUCACCAGGCACCUGAAAGGAUGCAGUGAUGGGUCUGGUGCAUCUCACCUGGCAAUCAACUUACGUAGAGUGGCACCACAGCAGGAAAACCCUUCACUUUUUUAAGGCUGAAACCUUACCUGCAGAGUUUGUGUAACACCUGACUCAACACAAAUGAUUAGCAUGACCCUUCCAUUGUGAGUGUAGGUGGGACAAGAUCUCCAUAGGGCCCAAUGUUGCCCCUUUUGGUAUACCUCCAUUGCCACAUCCAACCUUUACAAAAGAUUAAUGUUCUUCCUGCUUCUCCAUGGAGCCUUCUCUCUCUCUCUCUCAUCAGAUGAGUUGUUUGUUUUUUAUUCAGAUGGGGUUUUUAAAAAUGCUAGAGAAAAAAAUUCUGGAUUUAGCCUUGAACACAAAAAAGUAAUCCAGCAUUGUAAUAGAUAGUCCCAAGGAACUGGUACCUGGUUAUGUGUUGGUUUGUUUCUGCCAAGGCAAGUUACUAAAGAAAUAAGGCCAAGCCUCUAAAUCAUCAGUGAAUGGAAUAUUAAAGCCUCACCCAUGCUCUAGGUAACUUGAUACAUUUACAAGACGGGUUGGACUAAUCAUUGCAGCAAAACCACUUAUUAACAGCCUAGUGAAUAGAUCGCUUUAAACCUGAGGCUAUCGUUCUACCAAGUCAAUGUGAUUAAAAACAUUGAAGUUCAAGUUGUUCAGAAUCCCUUACAAUGAAAAGCAGACAAGUAGGAACAGCAGACUGUUCCAAGCAGAUCAGGUGAGAAAGCAAGCCUUCGCAAGAACAGAUGGAGUGAGGCAGGUAUUCUGAAAUUCUAGUUUAACGCAGCAGGUGGACUAGGCAGGCAGUGAUGGGUACAGAAUUGAGUAACCUGAAAUUUAUUUUUUAAAGAACAAAAAACCCUACCCUUUAUAGCCAGUAAGAUGCUAAGUGUAUUUAUCUUAAAGUAUUGGUGAGUCGGGUUUUUUGGCAGGAGGCGAGCUUAAUGUUCUGCAUAGCUCCUUUCCCCAGUCUUUAACUACGCCUUGAUUGGGUGCCAAGUGCAGAAAGGCAGCAUAUAAAAUUGAAGCAAUAAAAAACAGAAGCCAAAUUAAUGGUGCAAAAUUAAGCAAAUGCCAGGUUGCUUCCAUUAAUUAUGCAAGUUGCAAAAUUUAGAUUACGUUGGUGCAGAAAUGGUUUGUUUGUUUAUUUGAUUCAUUUUAAAGUGAGUAUACAGAAGCCUGAGCAGGAGCUAGCCAAGUGUUACUUCUACUUUAGAAUGCUGCAUUCUGACAGAGCAAAUGUACUAGAGGAGUUGUAGCAUAUAGUUCUUAUUCCAUGAAUGUGUCCCAAGUCAAAACAAAAUCCUUAAUUUCACCUGAGGUGGGUUGGGAGUUAACCAGGAAGAGCCUUUUCAGUGCCAUUGCUCCAUUUGUGGAAUUUUCAGACAUUUAUGAGUUGCCCCAUUAACAGAGUUGUAGGGUGAUGAUCAUUGUUGGUUUUGUUUUUUGCUUUUAACUUGAAUACCAACAUCUUGUCAUGUGAAACAGCCAUGUGUUAGCAGAUAACAUAAUUUCAUCCAUAGUCAUGUUAAAGAGAGCCACAAAACAUCCUCAUUGAGCUUAAACCACAGUGAAAUUCAGAGAUUAGAAUAUUAAUGUAAAUAAUUUUAAAUGAUGUUAAAAGCCCGGGUGGGGAGGGGGGAAAUACUUGACUGGUACGAAAAAUAUAUUAAAGAAGGUUCCUUCCCAGGCUGGCCCAAAUAGUGCUAACAUUGUUAUCCUUUCAGUGCCAACAAAAUAUAUUUUGAUGUUUGUUUUUUCUCUCUCAAUAUGAUAUGUAUUUUAUAUUGGGGGGGGGGGGGUUUAAUCUCCCUGGAAGCUGAAGGGUCAUAUACAGAUCUUUCAAACAAAUAAUGUGUGAAAUAGUCCAUUAAAAUGUCUCCAUCUGGAAUUCAGUGAUAUUUUAUUUCUCCUGCUGAAAGCAUAAACUGGAAUCUGCUGCCUUUAAAAUCUGUAUUUUUCACUAAAAGGCUGUAGAAACUGGCUGCAGCUUUUAACUGUGGUUUGUAAAAUCCUUCCAUUUUAAUCUUCAGCUGAUGGCUUUUAUUGGUUAUGCUGCUACAGUAUGUGUUAUCAUAUUUUUGUGUUGCUCUUGGAAAAACCAGUGGUACAAAGGAAAAACAACCAUGCGCUAUGAGAUUAGGUCUAAAAUGGUUGCUGUGUUGGGUGUGAAAGUCCUCGCUAUGCUGCUUCAGAAAGGAUGGGCAGCAAUUAAGGGAAAGAGGACAGCAAUAAAAACUAGUGGCUAUUCCUCUCGUCAAAAUUUGAAUUAAAGAUUUCCAUGAAACAGCUGAAGCCUCUUGAUUUACGGAACACCUUGGUUUGCUGUCAUAAUCAUGUAUUUGAAGUGUUUGUAGCCUGCCUUUUGAACAUAGAAUCACUAAAAUAUCGUACAUGUCACCAGACUAAGAUAAUUGUAUAUUUAAAAGUCCACACUUAAUCAUUCAGGCUGCCAGAUUUCCUUCAACAGAAACCAUCAUCAUCAUCAUUAUUAUUAUUAAAAUUUGUAUACUGCCAUAUACUCAUAGGUUUGAAGGUGGUUCAUAACAUAAAAUUACAAUAUAAAAAAGAGAAACCCCAUUGGGAAGGUCAGGAAAGAUCAGGGUUCUAGAUAUUGCUGUAUGCCUGUGUGAACAGGAACACUGAGCUGGUGCUUAAAUGCUAAUACAGACUUCUGAGAGAUACACACAAGGCAGCAGUUGCUUACUUGCAGAGCCACCUGGUAGCACCUGCCUUAACCUCUCCCUGAAGGUGAAGGCACCAAGAACACAGCCUCCACUGAAGACCUUGAUAGGAGUAAGACAGUCCUUUGUUGUGGUGAGAGAGCUGAGGUAGAACUGGAGAAACCCAAGUUCAAAUCUCCACUGAAUUACUGGGUGACCUUGGACCUGUUGCUAGCUCUCAGGCCAGGGUUAGCCCUUGCCAUGCCUUCCAGAUAUUGUUGGACUACAGCCUUUAUCAGCCGCAAUGGCAAUGGUCAGGGACACUGGGAAUUAUAGUCAAACAAUCUGUCAAGGGUGCCAAGUUGAGUAUCUCUGUUUUGGGCUAAUUGCCCCACAGGGCUAUGUGAGGAUGAAUUAGAAGGUUCAUGUAUGUUGAGUUCAUUGGAAGGAAGGUAGAGUAUACAUGUAAUAAUGAUGCAUUGCUAGGCUAUGGAGUAUGGAUCCUUUGGUGCAUGUGUGAAAUCCUGGUAAGAGAACAUAGAGCUACCGUAUAAUGGCAACAAGUUGGUGGGCAUACCUUUCUACAUUGCAGCUCAUCUAUCUCUUGGGCUGGUCUAAAAACAAUAGUGCUAACAUUUUUUACCAGUGUAUAUUCGGUAUCUGGAAUAAGUUUUUGCCACUUCAUGUAGCCUUUCAAUAGCUGAGCCUGCAAGUAUGUUAAAACAAGAUGUGUUCAUUCUUCUGAUACUUGAACCAAAACCUAAAGUACAAUCUUUUUCCUUUACUCAGAGUUUCUUUAGAAGAUCUUUAUAAUGGAAAGACUACCAAACUACAACUUAGCAAGAAUGUCCUUUGUAGUUCAUGUAACGGGUGAGUUGUUUUUUUUGUUUGCUUGGGGUUUUUUUUGCAUUCAUCUGUCUUCAAAAGAUUAAUGAUUUGAUUCUUGAAAAAUUGAGCAAAGAUUUAAAAAUGAAAAUUAAAUAUAAUUUUUUGUUUAGACAAGCCUAUCCAGAUAUGUAGAACGUUAGCAUGAGUUCUAAUCUGAUUUUAGCUUAUCACUGUUUUUAAUUGUUUGGUUUUUUUUAAAUAGCUGUUUUUACUGAUAAUUUUAUUGGUUUCUUUUUGUAAAUCGCUUGGGGGUUUUCUAUAGUCAGUUGGUAUAUAAAUUGCUGGAAUCUAAUAACUGCUAACAAAAAAGUCCAUGUCCACCUAAGGUUCAGUUGUUUGUAGGGUUACAUUGUUCAGCUUUGCAACAAGAUGCCCUUGUGUGUGUAUUGUCUGCAUCCUGCUCUUCCUUGCUAAGUGCUUAUACAAUUUUUCAAGUGGGCUGCUAUCCAAAGCACUAAGACCUGCAUCUCCUAAGCUUUAAGACUUGCUACAGGAUUAGAUGUCCCCAGGCUCCAAAAAUGUAAAACUACAUUUCCUUUUUGUGUUUAUAAUAAUAUGAAAUCAACAUAUUUUUGAUCUAGCCAAGGGGGUAAAUCUGGAGCAGUUCAGAAGUGCGCGGCUUGCCGAGGCAGAGGUGUGCGUAUCAUGAUCAGGCAGCUGGCUCCUGGGAUGGUUCAGCAGAUGCAGUCUGUCUGCUCUGACUGCAAUGGAGAAGGUAAGCCAAUCAAUUCACCACAAGCAUCUGAUCUCAAGAAAAGUCCCUUAAGUUUCAAUACAUUAUGAUAGCUAAAACUAGGGUGCAAGUUAGCAAGAUGAGAAGCUCAUAAAUCCCUGCUCCCCAUUGAAUUGUUUAGAGACAUGGGCAACAUGGUUUGCCCUUUGCCUUGCUUUCAUUGGUGUGGUUUGUCAAUGCAGUGGGAAUAUAGAACUCUUAAGGAUGAUACACAUACAACUAGCCAUCUACAGUCAUACCUCGGCUUGCGAACACUGCGGGUUGUGCGUUUUUGGGUUGCGGACCGUGCCAAACCCAGAAGUACUGGAUAGGGUUACUUCCGGGUUUCUGCGCAGAAGCACAAAAUGACAUCAUGCGCAGAAGCGCUGAAUCAUGUGUGCAGACGCACCGCUGUGGGUUGCCAAUGCUGCAGGUUGCCACCGUGCCUCCCACACGGAUCAUGUUCGCAACCUGAUAUACUAGAUGCUUCAGUGGCAAUUGCAUUAUGACACCUUAGGCAUAACUCCUACAUUGCAGGAGUGGUGCAGUGGUUGUUCCAGUAAUGUAGGAGUAUAGAAAGCAUAUGCAAGAAAUGACAUGGAAGGAACUGGUCUACAUUCCUCAUAACCUGAUCAGCAUGGUCAUGGGUGAUCAGCAGCUCAGCUGUUCCUGAAUAGUUGCAAGCUGGCUCCUCCUGUGAUGGGGUCAGGUAUCUUAGCCUUAGCCUGUCUUCCUGCUUUAAAUGACACGCAUUUGAAUGGGGAAGUUCCUGACCUGGUUUUAGCGAACCACAUUGAGACACCAGCAGCACUUGUUGGUAGGUGUGCCUUGCAUCUCAGUAAAGAAGCAAACUACGUAGCCGGGCUAAGGAACCAUUUUAUUAUUGGAGUGGGGGGAGAUUCUUGUAGAUUGCUUUCUAUCAUAAACCCAAAAGGGUUUCCAUAAUAAACGAAAUGAUACCAGUGAAAUACAGUUUAAACAUACAAGAAUAAAAUAAGCAUCAAUAUGAUUGAGACCAGGGCUAACGGUAAUCGAAGCACGGCCUCCAAAAGUUUGUGAAAACACGGGGGACUUUAACAUGCAACAGAAUCCCAUCAGCGCGGGGGGAUUCAAAGGGCCACAUUCUCAUUUGGGCAACCUUCCAGGGGCCAUGUGUAAGUGACAUGGUGGCCAGGGGCAGAAAAUGGGUGUGGCAGCAGAUGUGACCCCUGUCUUUGUUCAGUGGGUUGCAUUCUGACUUCACAAGUCAAAGCAUGUCCACACACACUCCAUGCAGGCAAGCCAUAGGCAUUAUCACAGUUGGGCACAUUCCAGCCAGGCAAAGGCACUCCGGGAGGGUGCAGAAUAGGACUGUGGACAAGCGUGGUCUGGGGAAAGUCGCAUGGGCCAGAUAAAAAGGCCUGGAGGGCUGUGUUUGUCCCGCAUGCCAGAUGUUUUCCACCCCUUGAAACUGGGUCAUAACUGGCCGUCUCUCUCUUUUCUAGGGGAAGUAAUUAAUGAAAAAGAUCGCUGUAAAAAAUGUGAAGGGAAGAAGGUGAUCAAAGAAGUGAAGAUCCUUGAAGUCCAUGUAGAUAAAGGCAUGAAGCACGGGCAGAGAAUCACCUUUACUGGAGAGGCCGAUCAAGCCCCCGGAGUGGAGCCAGGCGACAUCGUUCUCCUGCUUCAGGAAAAGGAGCAUGAGGUAACUUGCUGCCUGAAAUGCAAAGCUCUCUUUUUAUUGCAGACCUUUGGAUCCUUUUGAAUACUGAGGCUGGCAGCGGUUUGUGGGGGGCGGAGUGUAGUGGUGCUCCAUUAAAUGUGUGGAUGAUAAUGGAGUUGAACUUAGAUAGCCAUGAGCAAAAGGAAAAUUGCUGCUGGUGCUGUUCUGCCUGUUUGUGCAAUAGUGUGAGUAGUUCUUGUGUUUCGGCUUUUCAGGAGAUAUUGCACCACCUCUUGAAGUUAGAAUCACCUUUUGCACUUGGUGUCUUGCCACAUGGUUUAAAAACAUGCUUCCCAUGAGCAGAAGAAACAUGUAUACAGAAGUGCACUUUUUUGUAUCUAACCCAGGGGUGGGGAACCUCCAGAUUCUGACCCUCCAUAUACAGUAUUGUUGUCUUCUGUUAGCCCCAGCCAGCAUGCCCAGCGGUCAGGAGGGACACAGGCUUUUCCCAGUUUAACCUGUGAUAAUUUGUGUGAACAAAUUAGUUGACAGGAGCAGAGAGAAAUCUGGGACCUUGGGGCCCCACCCAGUAGAUUCAGCCAAGCGACCGUGGGCCGCUUGGCCCCAGUUAUCAGCAGCCCAGUCUCUGUUCAAGCUGGUCAUUUAUAUGAACUACUGUACUAUGUGUGAUUAGUCUCUUCUCUUUUUCCCUAUGUGUCUAAUCUUUUUUAGAAAUGUAGGCCUGUGGGCAGGGCCUAUCAUGUUUUUAAAUCUGUGUACAGCAUUUGGUACAUUCUAGGCACCUAAUUGUUACCUAGCAAUUAAAAUAGGUAUGACUGUGUUGCUUGUUUCCAUGCUUUACAUAUGCGCAACUAGAGAAAGAUAACAUAGCACACCUGCUGCUAUUUUAAAUACGCAUUCUGGAAACCAGAGAAGCUAGCAGUGGGCAACUCCUCAUAAUGGUCAGAGGCCAUUUGAGACAUGGUUGCUUUUGUUCUCGUACCUUUCCCAGUAAAAUGUAUUGUGAACUCCUUGCUGUUGUGACCUGAGCUAUUUGAAAUACACUUGGCUGCUAUUCAGAAUUAAACAAAAAACAAUUGAAUGUUCAGAAGUAAAGCAAAAGCCUUUCAGCCCAAAGCUUUGUAUUUUUGCUCACAAGUCUCUCUGGGCUGCAUCCAGCUAAGCCAUGUUUUGAAGUAUCCCCAUUGAAACAAAUGAAACUGGUCAUAACUAAGUUGACUGAGUUCAUCUUCAUGAAUCUUAAGUCAGUAUAUAAUGUUUUGAUGAGAAAUAAUAGACGGAGGUCUAUAUUUGUCUUUUCCAAUUUUUGCCACAAUGCGUGUCUUGGGACCGUAUCAAUAGCUGACUUUAGAUCGAUAAAAGCAACAUAUAAUUUUUGCUUCAAAUUAUGGAUGUAUUUACAUAGCAGAAAGUUCAGCACAAAGCACUGGUCCAAUGUGGAUUUCCCUCUUUGGAAACCUGCCUGGACUUCAGAUAUCACCUUAUUUGUAUCUGCCCAUUCUUCUAGUCUCCCAAGAAGGAGCCUGGCAUAUAGUUUGGAGGCUACAUCUAACAAACUAAUGGGUCUAUAAUUGGCAGGGUUUUUCUUAUCACCCUUUUUAUAUAUUGGGGCAAUUAUACUCAACUUCCACCCUUCAGGUAUGUGACCUGAGCUGUUAAUUUUAAGUCAGAUGGCCCCACUGAAUUCUGUGAGUUGUCCUAGUCUUGGAGUUGUCAUAGCCAAGGCAAUUUCUGCUAUUUCCCCCUCCCCCAGUUCUACUCUCGAAAUUCAUAUACAGUGGUACCUUGGGUUACAUACGCUUCAGGUUACAGACUCUGCUAACCCAGAAAUAUUACCUUGGGUUAAGAACUGCUUCAGGAUGAGAACAGAAAUUGUGCUCAGGCGGUGCGGCAGCAGCGGGAGGCCCCAUUAGCUAAAGUGGUGCUUCAGGUUAAGAACAGUUUCAGGUUAAGUACGGACCUCUGGAACAAAUUAAGUAUGUAACCAGAGGUACCUCUGUAUUACAUCUGAGUGUAGCCAGAUGUAAAUGUAAGAUACUCCUGUAUGUGAUACUUUUUGUCUACCUGUGAGAUUUUAGUGUAACACAAAGCAUAUACACACUAGGAGUUUGUGAUCUAGCUAGAGGCCAGUACCCAUUUUUUCCCUUCCCUCACAAUGGUUCCUACCUGUUUGCAGGUAGCUCAAGACAGACAAAAAGCCUGGUCUGGACCCUGCAUUAUCAUCUGAAGUUCUUCUCUGUGUGCCCCCUUCAUGGGAUGAGAAUGGGCCUUUUCACUAGUAGCUCUCUGCUUGUGAAGUGCUCUCCCCAGGGAGGCAUGCCUGGCACCAUCUUUAUCUAUUUUUAGGUGACAGCCAGAGACUUGUCUUUGUACCCAGGCUUUUGGCCCUAAAUUUUGAAGGGUUUCUCGUAUUUGUGGCCUCUUUUUCUCCUUUUUUUAGUGGGCCACGAUCAGUAAUACGUGUAUUUUAUUUGUGGUUUUUAUUGAUUUUGUUACAAUUGGGUUUUACUGUUUAUAUUUUUGGGGUCACUUGUGUAAGCAACAAUUUUGUCUUUUUGUUUCUGUUAUUGUUGUUAUGGUAGCCCAUCUGCUCAUGCAUUUGCCGCUAAACUACUUUCCCUCCCUUUUCCAAGGUGUUCCAAAGAGAUGGGAAUGACUUGCACAUGACGCACAAAAUAGGACUUGUUGAAGCACUGUGUGGCUUUCAGUUCACAUUUAAGCACCUUGACGGACGUCAAAUUGUGGUGAAAUACCCUCCAGGAAAAGUAAUUGAACCAGGUAAAAAACCUCAUGGGCUUUUGGAGCUGUUUGGAAGCCUGUUACCCUGUAUUUUGCCUGUUAAUGUAUUUUAUUUUACACAGAGGGGAAAACUAUAGGCUGCCUCUUAACAACAAUUGCCUUUGUCCAUUCCUGCAGGCUGUGUCCGUGUUGUUCGGGGGGAAGGAAUGCCACAGUACCGCAAUCCCUUUGAAAAGGGAGAUCUUUAUAUAAAGUUUGACGUGCAUUUUCCUGAAAACAACUGGAUUAGCCCAGAAAAGCUUACAGUGAGUACCCCAGGAUGUAUCUCUAAAUGCUCACCUCUUCUGCAAGCCAGCUGCAGAAUAUGUGGAAGUUGCACAUCACCAUUACAUCUGAUCACUAUAGGAAACAGUUUUAUCCAGCUGUGUUCCUCUGCUCGGAGUAGACUCACUGAAGGUGAAAUUGACUUAGCUCCACUAAUUUCAUUGGACCUACUCUGAGUAGGUCCAACAUUGGCUGCUCGAUCAGACGACACAUCUGCCUGAUUCUACAAGCACAGAUUUAAGGAUGGUGAUAAAAACACAAGUUCUAAAACAAUUGUACUGGGGAAAGGGCACAGUGUAUGUAAAAAGGCCAGAUCAGUGGAGAAAAGGGUACUGACCAAGCCAUGGCUUGAAACUUUAAAUAAAACAUAAAACCAAAACAAUAAAAAAAAAUAAAAGCAGACAUCAGUUAACCAUUGUAGAAGGAUUUCUUCUUAAUUUUCUACAUGGGCCUGGUGGAAUAGGAAAGCUUUCAGCAGGUGUUCAAAGGUUGGUGCAGAAGGCGCCUGCUGGAACAUGUGUUCCUGCGAGUACUACAUUUUUGCAUCACUCUUUCUUUUUAGGAACUUGAAGAUCUUCUGCCUGCCAGACCAGAAAUCUCCAACAUAAUUAGUGAUGCAGAGGAGGUAGAACUUCAAGAAUUUGAUACCACUCGUGGUUCAGGUGGCGGCCAGAGGCGUGAAGCUUACAACGAUAGUUCUGAUGACGAAAGCGGCCAUCAUGGACCUGGGGUGCAGUGUGCCCAUCAGUAAAAGUUUUGUCUGGGGGUGGGGGCGGGGGGAAGUUACACAUGGAUUUUUCUCUUCAAAUUUUGCCUGACUUGUUUCCAGCAAUCCAGUUGGAUUGUGUGAGCAAUCCACACGAACCCGAUGGACAUCUGUUGCUAUAUGUGUAACUUUUAAAUUGGUCCAUAGUAUCUACAGAGUGUAUAAUUUAAACUAACCACACAAAAAAGCUUUUUUUUUCUACUGUUCUGUAGCAGAAUAAAGGCACUUGAAAGGAAGAUGAGAUUCUCUCCUUUUCACCUGGGUUAAGUUUCAGUCCUUGUACUUGUGCUUGAUUUUUACCAGUUUUUGUGUAGAUUUUAAGUUCUAUAUUUUAAAAAUUCAAAUUCUACAUUGUAAAGUUUUUGUGUAAAACUUUGUCCCGAGGCUUGGUAUUUGGCUGCACCUGCAUAAGCUGCUACAAUAGAAUAAAGAAUUUCAUAGCCUGUAUCUAUCACUUUAGAUGCAUGGUAAGUUAUUGGACUUGGCACACAGUGGGGUUAGAACUGAUGGGAAACCAUGGAAGAGAGAGAGGAAAAAAUGAGAAGUGGUUGUAAAAGUUUUUUACCAUCUUGUGAAAGGUUUCUGAAACUAAAUAAAAGCCGUUGGUGUAUGAUGAUA